AUGUCGCAAGAAAGCACCGAUAGCGUCGAGAGCGGGCCUUCGAGGAAGCGAUUCUUUGAUGAACAGGAUGACCUGCAGGUCCAGAGCUGGGAUGGAGACGACGCCGGCAGCUACAGGGCUUUUGCCGUCCCGCACUCCCGGAUCAAGAACAGCUCUGCUUUCAAGAGCAUGGACCAGGAGAACAUGGCUGUUGACGGCGAUGAAGAUUACGAUGAUGGUAGCUUCCUGGGAUUUCAAGAAGGAAAGGCCAUGGAUAUGGCCUUUUAG